AUGAGUACCAUUCGCAUCGCUGCCUCGGCCGCCACGGCCCUCUUGUACUGGUCUCAACCUGCCAAGGCCGGUGGUCUGGCUGAUAUUGACCAUGUUGUCCUUUUUAUGCAGGAGAAUCGUGCCUUCGACCACUACUUUGGCACUAUGCCUGGUGUCCGUGGCUUUGCUGAUGCUAAUCUCCAGAUGAAUGGCGAUAAGCCCGUCUGGAACCAGGUCGUCGACUCCACGAUGACCACCAAAGCGGACCACAUCAACCCUUGGUACCUCAAUUACCUUGGUGACCAGUGGAAUGACAUUACACAGUGCAUGUAUGCUGGCAGCAACGGUUGGUUUGAGAACCAUGCAGCCUGGAACCAUGGCAGCAACGACCACUGGGCCUUGAACAAUACCGUCUAUAGUAUCGGUUACUUUCAGAAAACGGACAUUCCCAUUCAGUGGGCUCUUGCGGACGGCUGGGUCGUCGGCGAUAUGUACCAAGAAGGUGUUGUUGCCUCUACAAACCCCAACAGAGUUACUUGGAUCUCUGGCUCGAUCAACUCCCCGGGAAGCCCUCAGAAGCCUGACCAAGGCGGCAACCCAUACAUUGACAACAACGAAACCCCAGGCUGCGAGGCCGGCGGCAUCAACUGCUACCCGCUCAAGUGGAAGACGACGGGUGAGAUGUUUGAAAAGGCCAACGUCUCUUGGACUGUCUUCCAGGACGCGGAUAACUUCGACGACAACCCGUACGCCUGGUUCGGCCAGUUCCAGGAUGCCCCCGAGUCGUCACCUCUCUACAAAAAGGGUAUGGUAGGCUCUUCGAUGGACUCCUUCUACGAGCGCGCCGCCAACGGUACUCUGCCUGAGCUGUCGUACAUUAUCGGCCCAACGGUGCUCUCGGAGCACACGCCCUACAUGCCCAAGGACGGUGGCUGGCUCCAGCGCAAGAUUGCCGACGCCAUCAUCAAGUCGCCAAAAUACAACAAGACGGCCCUCAUCUACUCGUACGAUGAAACCGGCGGCUGGGCCGACCACGUUGAUCCCUUCCGCUCCCCCAAGGGCACGGCUGGCGAGUGGCUCGAGGACCCCUACGGCAAGGUGGGCUACACCUUUACUGGCCCCGGCUACCGCGUGCCCUUUUACAUCAUCUCCCCCUGGACGCGCAAGGGUGGCGUGUACACCGAGCACUCGGACCACAACUCGCAGAUCCUGUUCCUGGAGAAGUGGCAGGAGGCCAAGGGCCGCGACGUCAAGACGGACGAAAUGGUGCCCUGGCGCCGCGAAAACAUGGGCGACCUCGUCAACGCGUUUGACUUUCAGAAUCCGGACUUUGAUGUCGUGGAGUUGCCGGACACGCCCGAGCCGCAUAAGAAUACCAAGGGCCAGUGGGACGGCGCGUCGUACUGCCGGGCCAGUCACACGGAGCAUCAGCCUCCCGCACCGUACACGGGUCCCGGUGCCAUCCAGGAUAUGACCACGGUUGUCGGAGAAGGCUUCAAGCCCGUCCGCGGCAAGCUCACCGAGGGCCGGUACCUGACGUUUGAGAGCAAUGGUCAGGCGCUGACAGCCAUGAAGUGCGGCGGCAACAAGAAGCCCGUCCUGCAGGCCGCCACGGCGAAGCAUGAGAAGAAGGCCCAGCGCUGGGUCGUCCAUGUCGUCGAGCUCGGCGGCAGCGAUUUUACUAUUAGCAACGUGGCCUGCGGAGAGUACAUCUGCGCCGGUGGAAUCCUCUGCGGUAGCAAAGAUAAGGCGGCUGUAUUUACCAUUGGGUACACCUCGGGCAAGGGGUACACUCUGUUCGAAAAGGACACAAACAAGUUCUGGGGUGCCGGUAACGGCAGCGGGUCGCCCUCAUCUGGAAAGGAGCCCGGCUACUGGCAGGCAUUUAGCGUCAAGUACUAG